AUGGCUGAGCGUCUCCUUGGAUCAAAAAAGUACAAGAAGGUUGUGGAAAUUGGCAAUGCUGCUGAGGAGAAUUUCGAGAGAUUGAAGCAGGAACAAAUUAUUAAAGUGUUGCCAACUGAGAUGAAAGAGGUGAUGUUCUACCCGAAACAUGCAGGUGAAGGCGUGAAUUUCUGCGUUGUUUGUGGGAAACAAGGAGAGUAUCGACUCUACGAACAUCUCAGUAGAGCGCAUAGUGAUCGUUUUCAGAGAGACUCGUUGGAGUUCAAGAUAGCUGAGCAGCUAGGGAGGGGAAUAACGCAAUUUAUGGGUACAGCAAAGAUUCACCUCUCGCAGGUGCACAAGCCUGUAACUGCAGGGGAAUGGAAAAUAUAUCGCGACUUCGAGCGGCAAAUUAUAAACUGCGGAAUACCAACUGAUGGCGUGCAUCGUCAGCUCGAAGAGUUAGGAGUACCUGUUCCACCACCGGCCCUGAUGAGAAAGGAGGAGCAGGAAGAGAUAGGAGAAAUUGAUGCAGCUGCUCUUCGUCAAGCUCCGGUGCUGCAACGUAUGGCGGUAUCGCCGCCGACUGGCCCCGUAGAAGCGCUUCCUGUUCAUGUACAACGGCAGCCGCAAAUUGCAGAAGAGGGGCUUCAAGAAGAACCCUGUAUGGGCGAAGGACCGUCAACGCUGCCUCCUGUGCAACCUGUCAAAUUUGCAGGAGAGCACAUUCCGCGCCAUCUACUAUACACAUGCCUCUAUGACGAACUCUAUGAAGAAGAGGGGCUUCAAGAAGAACCCUGUAUGGGCAAAGGACUGUCAACGCUGCCUCCUGUGCAACCUGUCACAUUUGCAGGAGAGCACAUUCCGCGCCAUCUGCUGUACACAUGCCUCUAUGACGAACUCUAUGAAGGUGGAUCUCAUGUGCCAAACGUGUUUCGAAAACAACCAAUGUAUGAUUACAUAUUCCAUCAUGAGUUGGACGCGUUCGACAGGAAUUACUACAUGGAAAAAUACACUAUUCCGGCCACACAAAGAGAGGGAGCAUGGGGACGUUUAGACGAAAACCUGAAGUUUUGGCGCAGGUUGAAAAGCAAUUCGCAUCCUUUGCUGCAACAGUUUGCCGCAAAUAUUCGCGAAUCAUUGCCCGAGUACAUUCCUUACGUGGAGCGAUUUAUGAUUGUUGCUAUGAGAGCACGCCAGAGAAUGAGACAGGUAGUAACGGUAGAUGAUGUCAUUUACUCCUCCGAAAUCAUCGUUAUGUAUAUGCAUCGUCUCAAGACGGAAGGUGCAACCGUUGGUAGGAAGAUACUGCUUCACCAUAUUGCAUUGCUCAAUGCUGAGGAGAGGCAGAUGUCCUCGUUAAGGGGCACUGCGCCGGAUAGCGCAUACCCUUCAAGAGAAGGCGAGUUGUACUGCGUUGCUCGAGCUAUUGUUGACCAUGCGGAUAUUGAAAAAAGUGUGGAGAAGUUGAUGAGAAUAUUUGACCAAAAAGGAAGAGCCUUGUGGUCAUACAUAGUCCACUGCAACACUGGCCGGAAUGAGUGCAUCUACAAAAUGGUAUAUGGCAGUAUUUUUCCGCCGGAGCCAAAUUGGCAGCUAUCCGCACCCGAAGAGCAAGAGCACUUCUCGUCAGAAGUCCACUUUUCAAGGCCAAUACUUGGUGCUGGACACGAAGUCAAAGCGGUGGUUGGACUACUAUGUGAAGUUACGCGAGUUACGAGGCACGCGAUUGCUGGUCGACAUUACGAGGAAUUCUAUCAGCUAAAGUUGAGAAGCAUUGAGAGUGACGAAGCGAGCGCUGAUCUGGAUUGUGCUCACCUAGCUGGGCACUCACAACAAAUGGAGCUGCAAAGUUAUCAAGAGCGAUAUUUGAUCAGCUGCGUAUUCGGAUACAUAAAGGUGCGUAAGAUGGCGAUGCGAGAAGCAUCAGAAAAUGAGCGCCUCAUCCAAGAAGUAAAGAAGAAAUUUAAGCUGGCAGAUUUGAAAAGAGGACGUAUUAAUCGUCUCGGCAGUUUGGAAGAGGAGAAUCGUCAAAUGGACAAUUCCGAUGACGAAGAAGCAUUGGAGCCCGCGCAAGAGGAAAUCGAAGUUGAAGGCGGGCCAGAAGAGCAAGAAGCUGAGCCAAAUCAUGGUAUAGAUACUGAUUUUGUUUUCUAUGACCUUGUAGGUAGGAAGAAGAGGAAAGACAGCGGAGAAUUAUGCAAAAUAUCACAGGUUCGCCUAUUUCGGUACAGUCGCCUUUAGAA